AGAAAAAAGCGGAAGAAGUUGCUCUAGCUUAGCUUCCGUUUGACCUAUUUAGUUCUCACAUUAGCAUCAGUUUAUACUCUUUAUUGCCAACAAUGGAAUUGCUUAGUUCUUUAGCUGUUUCCAUUUUUGAAAGCUAAUUUCUCAUUUUUUACUCAAGCGGCACAAAAUUAUUUGAUCUCUCUUUAAGGGUCGCAGAAUAGACUGGCUAUUUUGACGUAAGAUAGCUAAUCUGGCUGACUGCGUGUGAAAUGAGUUGUCAGACGUUAGCUGCGUUGUAAUUUUGUGUCGUUAGUUUUACUCAUUUUAGCUGGUUUGUUGCUUUCUGGCGUAUUCGUUUAGACAUCUUUUGCAGGUUUAUUUUUGGAGAACCCCUGGAUGCUCAGUGUGUCAGGAGGUGACUCUUCAGCCCCAUGUCUGCGGAGGCUUCAGUUGGCAGUCAUGCUGCCAGCUCUGCCCAGUGUACCGUUUCCCAGCCUCCCCAACAUAAUUCUGAUGAGCACAGGAACCAGGGUCUGCUGGGGAGCAAAUAUGUCAAGUUAAAUGUGGGGGGCUCGCUGCAUUAUACCACUGUCCAGACAUUAAGCAAGGAAGACAGUCUGUUGCGAAGCAUAUGCAACGGAGGAACUGAAGUUACCAUAGACUCUGAAGGGUGGGUUGUUUUGGAUCGGUGUGGCAGACACUUUGGGCUGGUAUUGAACUUCCUGCGAGAUGGUUCGGUGCCACUUCCUGAGGACCACAGGGAACUGGAUGAGGUUCUAAAAGAAGCCCAGUACUAUCGGGUCCAGGGACUGGUCCAGCAUUGCCUCAGUGCUAUGCAGAAACAAAAAGAUGUGUUUGAGAGUGUGUGCCACAUCCCCAUGAUCACCUCAGCCAAAGAAGAGCAGAAGAUGAUUUCUACUUGUAGAAAGCCUGUAGUAAAAUUGCAGAAUAAUAGAGGAAACAACAAAUACUCCUACACCAGUAAUUCUGAUGACAACCUGCUGAAGAACAUUGAACUUUUUGACAAGCUUGUGCUGCGAUUUAAUGGCCGGGUCCUGUUUGUCAAAGAUGUUCUGGGAGAUGAGAUCUGCUGUUGGUCAUUCUAUGGUGAAGGUCGCAAGAUUGCUGAAGUAUGCUGCACCUCCAUUGUCUAUGCUACAGAGAAGAAGCAAACCAAAGUUGAGUUUCCAGAGGCUCGAAUUUUUGAAGAAACUCUCAACAUCCUUAUUUAUGAGAAUAGCAGAGUAUUGGGAAGUUUACACCUCCUGGAUGCAAGAGGCUCAGGUUCAUCACUGGGAGCUGGACACUCGGAGGAAGAGGGAGCUGUGGGAGGGGACAGGCGAGUAAGACGGAUCCACGUAAGGAGGCAUAUAAUGCACGACGAAAGGGGACAUGGCCAGCAAACGGUGUAUAAGGACUAAAAAUGUGAAAACGUAAGACACGGAAGAGUGAUUUCAUGCUUGUCUUUUUUAUGCCUGUUGAAUGAACGAGAUGUCCCAUAACAAUGGCUUGGAAGUAGGUUAUUUAAUUACAUUUUUGUAGAUUCCACUGCAGAAAUACAGGGAUUAAUGACUGAAGUAAAAGUUGUUCGAAACGAAUUUUUGUUUACAAGACUUUUGUACAUUAGUAAUAUAGGAAAUGUGUAAAAUGACCUGGGACAUAAAACUGGUAUGAAUAAAAUGUUAUUUGCUAUUGUUAAGGAAUCUGCUGCACAUUACUAAAUGGUCCGGAACUGGGCACGUCCACAAGCGUGGAUCUUAGUAACACGGCCUAAUGUCAUCACAGGCCUCCAUAAUGUACUGGCAGCCUCUUUGACCUGUAAGAAACACUGUCAGUUUACUAAGGCUGUGAAACACCUGUUGCCUUUUCAUAGGUUGGACUAAGAUGUUGAGCUUGGAAGAAAGUAUUAACACUGGAAGAAAAAUGUGUAGAUUUGAUGAGGUAGUCCAUAAAUAAUAUUGUUGAGCAGCUCUAUUUUCUUGAUUUAAAUUAUCUCUGCUGUUGCUUCAGGAUGUUUUUUAUUAAUUAAUUUAUAAACCUAAUUUAUUGUUUGGUAUUUAAGUUUUGUAUAGUAUGCAAUCUUUCUCUUAACUAGUCCUCAAGUGAAGUUUAAGGUUCGGUAUUGACAUGGAUGCACUAUACAGCACACGUCCGAUCUUUAAUUUAGUCUUGUAAAUGACUAAAUUGUGAAUUUUCAUUUCAGUUUUAUGUUUAAGAAGAACCAUGACCAUUUCUUUGUAAUUGUAUUUUAUUCUGAGCCAUGAUUUUUCUCUUAUGCUUUAAUGUCUUAUAAUAAACCACUGAAAUUUGCUAAAAGUAAAAUAAAACUAUACACAAUACAGGCAUUUAUUAGUGGGUUAUGUCUUUAGUUCCCUCUGAGACAGAAUAACUGGCUUCUUUCUCUUGUUCACCCAUGUGUUGUGUAAACAAGUACUGAAAAGAAAACCAGACCGGAGCAAUAUGUAUCUCAGACCAUUCUUAAAGUCACCUCAGAAUGCUUAAUAUGCACUAAUGUUACUUCCGUCCAAUAUUAGUCAUGAGAAUGUUCUAAAUAAAUCACAUGAGAAAACUGA